AUGACUACCAGCAACGCUGCGACCACCUCUUCAUCAUCUUCAUGGAAGCUGGUUGCUGCGGCCAAGCAGCAGUCUCGUCUUGAUCAAAUCCCAGCCGAAUGGCGGCUUCCCGCUGAAGUUGUUGCUAAGGCUGACCCCAACAGCCGCACUGAUGUGCGCUCCAUCCCUGCCUCUUGUGGAAUUCUCACCUCUGAAGAGCUUGCUAUCACCGAGUCGCCCGUUGCCGACAUCCUUGCCAAGCUUCAGUCUUGUGCCUGGACCUCUGAGGCUGUCACUACCGCCUUCUGCAAGCGUGCUGCCAUCGCUCACCAGCUCACCAACUGUCUCACCGAAAUCUUUUUCGACGAAGCCAUCGCAGCCGCCAAGAAGCUCGACCAGCAUUAUCAAACUACUGGCAAGCCCGCGGGCCCUUUGGCCGGUCUGCCUGUCUCCCUCAAGGACAACUUCAAUCUCAAGGGCAAGGACUCGAACCUCGGCUUCGUCGCAUGGAUCGACGACCCCUCGGAUCAUGACUCGACCCUCGUCACAUUGCUUAGAGAGCAAGGUGCAGUGCUGUAUUGCAAGACGUCCACGCCGACGGCCAUGAUGAUUGCGGAAACGGUGAGCAACGCCAAUGGAAGGACGCUGAACCCGUUAAACACAAAGACAACGUCGGGUGGCAGUUCGGGAGGUGAGUCGGCGCUCAUUGCUAUGCGAGGCAGUCCCGUGGGUGUUGGAACCGACAUUGGUGGCAGUAUCCGCAUCCCGUGCUCGUUUACGGGGUUGUGGGGUCUCAAACCUUCGUUCGGUCGUUUCCCGACAGGUAAGUGCAAGAGUGGCCUUGCUGGUCAGGAGGCAGUCAUGUCGAUCAACGGUCCUAUGUGCAACGAGCCAGAGGGUCUCGAGAUCUACGCCAAGGCGGUGAUCGACGCGGAACCCUGGAAUGCCGACCCUAAAUGCGUGCCCAUCCCUUGGACAACCAUCGCCUCAAUCUCGCUUCCGACUUCGCUCACCGUUCUCAUGCUCACCAACAACGGGAUCGUCAAGCCCACGCCCCCUCUUCAGCGCGCUAUGGCCCAUACUGCAGCUAGGCUCCGCAAAGCCGGACACAACGUCGUCGAAUGGGACGCAUCUCAGUCUGCCGCCGACUCAGAUCUCUUCCAUUGUGGCCUGAACUGCAUUGCCUCGUUCUUCCGUGCUGAGGGUGGUGCUACGGUGCAUUCGAUCAUGGAGGCCUCGGGUGAACAUGCUGACUGGGUGAAGGGUCUCUCCCAGACCGACGCUAGCUGGAGCAAGACAGUCAAAGAGUUGUGGCAAUUGCAGGCUCAGCGCACUGCUUGGGCAACCGAGUUGCUUCAACGAAUGCGCGAGCUCACAGGCGGGAAAAAGUUCGAUGCUCUUGUCUCGCCUGUAGCAGCUGAGGUGACGACAGGCCACGACGCAUACCACCACAUCUUCUAUACCGGAUGCUGGAAUCUGAUGGAUAUGCCGGCUGUUGUCUUCCCUCUGCAAGGGUUGAAGGUCGACAAGGAACUAGACAAGAAGGAAGAAGGGUUCAAGGGCAAGGAGGGAGAAGAGGAGGCCGUGUGGGAGCAAUACAAUGCAGAAGAUGUUGACGGAAUGCCGAUCUCGAUUCAGGUCGUGGGACACAGGUUGGGAGAAGAGAGGACGAUUGCUGUGGCCAAGAAGAUUCAUGCCGAUACUGCUUAA